UUCAUCCCAAACUACAGUGCUCACCUUCAACACCACCCACGACAAUAUCAACAUUUUUAUCAAUUCUCUCAACACCCAAAUGAACUCCAAGCAUCACAACAAGACCAACCACAAUGUUUUGGAUUAGUUAAUUGUCCCCAAGAAGAAUCCACAGCCACAAUGUCUUUUUGGAAAGCAUUUGACACGGUGGUGUCUGAUGCAGAAGGGGUAAACGAAAAGUAUGGAGAGCUUGAAGCUGUGUACAAGAAGAGAAAAGGUGAUGAUAAUGAAAAAAAGAGUUGUGUUGAAAAGUCAGGUGAUGGAGGGAUGAAGAGGGGUAGGAAAAGGAGGAAAGUGGAGAAAGAAAUGGGUGCAUUUCUGGAGAGGUUGGUGAAGCGAGUGAUGAAGCAGCAGGAGGGUCUUCAGAAGAGAUUGAUGGAAGUGAUUGAGAGAAUGGAGAAGGAGAGAGAGGAAUGGGAAGAACGUUGGAGGGUUCGAGAAACGGAAAUUCAGGAGAGAGAAGCGAUUGCGAAAGCACGUGAGCGAGAUCUGGCUUCUUGGAGAGACUCUUCCAUUGUGUCCACCAUAGAGAAAAUAAGUGGUCAAAGCUUCCUUCUCUUUUCCGCCAACUUAUCUACCAACCAUACAUGAACCAACUGUUUGAGUGAGAUUCUACGUAAGAGACUUUGGAUUUCCAGAAAUCAUGUCAUGUUAAUUGUUAACGGAUCUUUUAA